AUUCUAUCUGUAGUAGCAAGCAUAAUAAACCGAGAGCAAGUGAACACUAAACUCGUAUGAACUGUCUUCCUUGAUAAUCCGCGGACAUUUGCAGAUAUGACUGCAAUUUUAACUUCUGAACUUCAUGAAUUCAGUCAAGAUUCUACAUGCGCUUCACAGGCAGCAACCGCGUCCAGCCGCUCAUCGACCGGUUCUCCGGGCCCGACCGGAGAAAGGUUUACUCCAUGGCGGAAGUUCCAUUCGUUGUGCAGGUUCAUCAUGAUAUAUAAAGUCUUGGCGAUAGUAGCUAGUAGUACCAUGUUAUGCCCUAAUUGGACACCAUCGAAAUACACUUAUCUCUGGGUCUACCCGUGUUCAGCGGGAGUGUCUGCCCUUAGCUUUCCCUUGGAAUCAAAUCUCUUUCGGCAUCGGUGAUAUACUUCUUCACAGAACGACAGGAGCCUCAUGUGUACAACAGACAUGCUGAAUAAUCUCGCACGCGGCCCCAGUGUGCCCACCGCUAAAAAUAUAAACGGACAUUCUUGCUCUUGACACGACAAUUCCGCAAAUGAGG